AUGGCUCGAUGCUCUUUGUUCUUCGCAGCAAUCUGGCUCGCGACACUCUCCAACGCAUCAACAUCUUCGACAUCUCCAUCAAAAACCCCGACAAAGACGCCCAAACCAUCGUCAUCGUCGAAAUGCUUCUACCCCAACGGCAAGCCCGAACAAAACUUUUCAUACAACUACCAGCCCUGCGGCGGCCAAAACACCACUUGGAGCCAGUGCUGUAUCCCAGGCGAAGACAUUUGCACGCCCAACGGCCUGUGCACGCAUCUGACGAAUGCUGUCGGCGCGUAUGAUUACAGAGGCGGAUGCACGAACGCAGAUUGGUCGGGAUGUCCGCAAGUUUGCCUUGACGUCCUGUCCAAUUCGUGGCUUCAGGUGAAGCAGUGCGCUUCGGGGGAGUACUGCUGCAAUCCGGACUUUGAUCAUGGCGAUUGCUGUAGAGAUGGAAGUCGGCGCUUUGGAUUGCUCGAUCGGAAUCCUGAUGCCAAGGGCGAUGAUACUCCGGCGAAGACGACCGGGACGAAUACUUCUGGUGGAAUAAUAGGGGGUAGUAGUCCAACGCAAACGGAUACUGGAACGGACAAGAAAACGGAUGGUGGGACGGAUAAGAGCAAUAACUCGGUCAAGAUUGGAGCUGCGGUAGGGGGUUCUUUGGGUGGGAUUGCGGUGAUUGGCGCUGUGAUUGGUGUAUGGCUGGUGUUGAGGAAGAAGAAGAAGCAGCAGCAGAAGAUGAGAGGGGUUGAGAAGGACGGCCAAGAGUAUCUAGUGAACGGAAAAGCUAUGUAA